AUGAGGAGAUAAAACCUCAAACAAGAUCUUUAUUCAUAAAUCUCGACAAUUGGAUAAUCAUCCUCUUCAAAAAGGAGCAACCUUAAUAUUGAUGAUUUGAUUUAUUAGUUUAAAAUGAGGAAAUCUAAUUACAAAUUAGCAAAGCAAUACUCUGAAAUCAUUAAAAUAUUUGAUAAUAAACAAUCUCCAAAUUAUGAAUAUUAGAGUAGUCAAUUAUAAACUAAAGUUAGAUUAAAAACAGAAGAAUCUUAGGAACUACUUCAAUUCUAAGAAACUAAAUAAAGAUUAUCACAUUAAAUAGAUAUUCAUCAAUUUAUAAAUGAGACAUCUCCUAUUAAAAUUACAACUAGACUUAAUUAUGAGAAUUUUAAAACAUUUUAAGAAACUGAAAGAAAAUCAUAUGAAUCCAAUAAUUAUAAUACACAAUUAGCAAAUUUUGGUCCUUUAUCAUCAUCAAAUUAAUGUGAAACUGAUGAAGAAAUCAAAUAAAUUUCAUAAAAAAGUGUUUAAAAAUUAUCAAAAUUCAGAACUUUUGAAUAAGAAUAAUUUUAAACUUGUUUUGAUAAAAUUAGUUCUCAAAUCAAAAAAUUGAAUUUUAAAUUUGAGAAGUAAGGAUUCAUGAUGAUUAAAUUAUUUUCUAAAUGGACUCUUAAGGAAAAGGCUACAAAAAUGUAUUUUAGAUUUUUUGAACACAAAAUUUAAUCAUAUUUUGAUCUUUUUUAAAUAUAUGAACCUUCUAUUGAAGAAAAUAAUGAUGAUGAUCAAAAUAAUAAUUAAAGAAUUUUAACAGAUAAUAUAUUGACUCCAAUUAAUUUGAAUAUCCUUAAUUUUUAAAUUCCUACUAUUAAACCUGUUACUUAAUUUGGAGCAAUUAAUGUAAUCUAUAUAUUUAAAUAUUAAUAGUUUGAAGAAUAUCUAAAAAAGAAGAAUCAGAAUAUCGAAUGA